UGGAGUGGAGCACAGGAGGCCCAGGAAGCUCCUCUUGAGAAGGCCUUGACUCGAUUCUGCAAGCUGAAGCUCUGAGAACGCGGAGGACAAUUCUCCACGAGCCAGGGAUUUCCUGACUCCAGGCAGCGUGCGCCGGAGGGAGCUCCGCUUUGGCUCCAGGCUCGUCCCUGCCAACUUGGGGCUUCGCUGCACACCGGCCAGCGCUAACUUCCUGAUAGAAGAACCACACCCGCCCAAUAUUCCGCAGGGCCCCCCAGGAGAGGGGCGCAGAGGGGGCUGGCGCGGGGUCAGCAAGCAGCAGCUUUCCGGGCGGAGCCGGAAGCCCGGGAAGGCAGCUAACUCUGGCCGGCAUGAUGGAUUCCUGGGCUCCCAGAACGGCUGGGCCGGACGAGACCUUGAAAGGGGAGUUACCGCGGCGCGGCGCGCGCCAGAGCUGGGAACUUUCCUGAACACUGUUACCAUUCCUAACUCUGCUUCCAGCCCUCGGCGUUGCUGACGCCCCCAAUGUCGUCGAGCAGCCGGGGGCCGGGGGCCGGAGCGCGCCGACGCCGAACCCGCUGCCGUCGCUGCCGGGCCUGUGUGCGAACUGAGUGCGGGGACUGCCACUUCUGCCGAGACAUGAAGAAGUUCGGGGGGCCCGGGCGCAUGAAGCAGUCGUGCCUGCUCCGGCAGUGCACCGCCCCCGUGCUCCCACACACAGCUGUGUGCCUCUUGUGUGGGGAGGCUGGGAAGGAGGACACAGUGGAAGGAGAGGAAGAGAAAUUUGGUUUGAGCCUCAUGGAGUGUACUAUCUGCAAUGAGAUCGUCCACCCUGGCUGCCUGAAGAUGGGGAAAGCUGAGGGUGUCAUCAAUGCUGAGAUCCCCAACUGUUGGGAGUGCCCUCGCUGUACCCAGGAAGGCCGCACCAGCAAGGAUUCAGGUGAGGGGCCUGGCCGCCGCAGGGCUGACAAUGGCGAGGAGGGUGCCAGCCUAGGGAGUGGAUGGAAGCUGACAGAGGAGCUGCCGCUUCCACCACCUCCACCCAGGCGCAAAGGCCCUCUACCUGCUGGCCCCCCUCCUGAGGACAUGCCUGGGCCCCCCAAACGAAAGGAGAGGGAGGCAGGGAAUGAGCCCCCUACCCCAAGAAAAAAGGUGAAAGGAGGCAGAGAGAGGCACCUGAAGAAGGUGGGUGGAGACGCCUGCCUCCUCCGAGGAUCGGACCCAGGCGGCCCAGGCCUUCUGCCCCCCAGGGUUCUGAAUCCAAGCCAGGCGUUCUCGUCCUGCCACCCUGGGCUCCCUCCCGAGAGCUGGGAGAAACCAAAGCCGCCUUUGGCUUCUGCUGAGGGCCCAGCAGUGCCGUCCCCGUCGCCCCAGAGAGAAAAGCUGGAACGUUUUAAGCGGAUGUGCCAGCUGCUGGAGCGGGUGCCUGACACAUCAUCAUCCUCUUCGGACUCAGACUCGGACUCCGAUUCAUCAGGCACAUCGCUGAGUGAGGAUGAGGCUCCUGGCGAGGCCCGGAAUGGGCGACGGCCAGCCCGGGGCAGCUCUGGCGAAAAAGAGAACCGUGGGGGGCGGCGGGCUGUGCGCCCUGGCAGUGGGGGACCCUUGCUCAGCUGGCCCUUGGGCCCGGCUCCACCACCCCGGCCACCACAGCUGGAGCGGCAUGUGGUACGCCCCCCUCCUCGAAGCCCUGAGCCUGACACGCUGCCUUUGGCUGCUGGAUCCGACCACCCUCUGCCCCGGGCUGCCUGGCUUCGUGUCUUCCAGCACCUUGGGCCCCGAGAGCUGUGUGUCUGCAUGCGAGUUUGUCGGACUUGGAGCCGCUGGUGCUAUGACAAGCGUCUGUGGCCUCGCAUGGACCUGAGCCGGCGGAAGUCACUGACACCACCUAUGCUCAGCGGGGUGGUUCGCCGCCAACCCCGUGCCCUGGACCUCAGCUGGACAGGUGUCUCCAAGAAGCAGCUCAUGUGGCUUCUGAAUCGACUGCAAGGCCUACAGGAGUUGGUGCUUUCCGGCUGCUCCUGGCUCUCUGUCUCUGCCCUGGGCUCAGCCCCACUGCCAGCCCUUCGGCUCCUGGACCUCCGCUGGAUUGAGGAUGUUAAGGACUCCCAGCUCCGAGAACUGCUCUUGCCUCCACCAGACACCAAACCAGGGCAAACAGAGAGCCGUGGGCGGCUGCAGGGGGUGGCUGAGCUGCGCCUGGCAGGCCUGGAGCUCACAGAUGCCUCCCUGAGGCUCCUGCUGCGCCAUGCACCCCAGCUGAGCGCCCUGGAUCUGAGCCACUGCGCCCACGUUGGAGACCCCAGUGUCCACCUCCUCACAGCUCCCACAUCCCCACUCCGAGAGACCCUGGUGCACCUCAAUCUCGCCGGUUGCCAUCGCCUCACGGACCACUGCCUCCCGCUCUUCCGACGCUGCCCGCGUCUCCGCCGCCUAGACCUGCGCUCCUGCCGCCAGCUCUCUCCUGAAGCUUGUGCCCGGCUGGCAGCUGCUGGGCCCCCUGGCCCCUUCCGCUGCCCCGAGGAGAAGCUACUUCUCAAGGACAGCUAGUUGGGUGCCCCCCACCCUCCCCCAGGACUCAUUGGGAGCCUGGACCUCGGGCCUUCAUUUCACCCCCUGCUAAGAGGCCAGGUUGCCCACCUCAUGACUUGGGUUCCUCCCCAGGGCCUGGAGCCAGCCUCUUCCCUUUUCCCCCCUGCACUGAUAUCUCCGGGGGUCUCCUUCCCACCCUCCCUCUUCCGCCUGCUUCAUUGUCCAUCCCCUGGGGGUGUGGGUCAGAGGUCCUGGGGGUGCCGAGCCAAAGGGACAGUGGGAGGGGGUUGAAGUGCAAGUUGAGGGAGGGAGAAUGGGAAGGGGGUGUGUGCAUACAGGACCCUGGGGGCCAGGGCCUGGGGAGGUGGCAGAUGGGUGGGGGAGGGGACAGCAGAUCACCCAGGGUUCAGGGAACAAAGACCAGAUAGUGGGGUGGGGGGUGGGGCAAAAAGGGAAACCAGAGGAGCAAUUUGGGGAUCCAGGAGUCAGAGGUAGAGGGACCUGGGCAGCCAGGUUGAGGGACGAGAGUGGGUGUGGGGGCAGUAGUGGCCCACUGGGGGUCACCCCUCUCCUUCCCCCUGCCCAGAUUUCAGUUCCUUCCCUCACCCUGACUCCUUGAACGUCACUGAAAAUGGCAGCUAUUGCGAGGAGUGGGGGCCACGGGCCUACCUGCCGCUCAGCUCGUGGCCCAGGGGAGUGGUGAGGGGGUAACCCCAGCCCCUGCCAGCCUCUCCGCACAAUACUUGAACAUUCAUCUGUACUGAAGUGUUACUUGAACCGGGGGAACCUUGAACCUGGGGGAGCCUGAGUGGGAUCUGCAGCUUGGACUGAGACUGGACUGUGGGUGGCAUGCGGUGAGCACCGAAUACCCCAGCUCCAGCCUGCUAGACCCGAGUUGGGGGUGUGGUGUGUCAGGCCGCGGAUGGGGAAGAUGGGACUCCUCCAGCUUGGCUCUUCCCACUCUUUCAUCGUCAUGGAAGCAUAUAACCCAUUUGCCCAGGGAACUGCCACUCCUGGUUGCCAUGGAAACAGCAGCCAACGGACACCUCCCUAUGCCAGUGCUAAGGCUGGAAAUGGUCCCUCUUAGUUGCCAUGGGAACUUAGUAACAGAUUCUCGGCCUUCCUCUCCCUUACCCUUCACUCCGUUGUGCGGGUGGGGUUUCGGGUGGCCAAGGGGGAGCCGUGUUGUACCGUGGGGGGAAUCUUAUCCACAUACCUCAG